UCUGGGUCGUAAUUACUGAGCGCAAUGCUGAGCCAUGGAGCCGAGUUGGCCGUAUGGAUUACCCUGAGCCUGAUGCAGACUGGACUAGGGGAGCCAGUGAGAUGCAACAUCACCCAGUUGGAGUCCAGAGUCUCCAGCCAGUCCGUGUCUCUUCAGUGGAGAACGUUGGGGUCACCCUGUAACUUUAGUCUCAUCUAUAACAGUGACACUUCGGGUACUGAGUGGUGCUACCCUGUGCAGAUAGACAACACCACCUAUGAAUGUAACCCCAAGGAUUUACAAGCGGGAACCCUCUAUAACCUCAGGAUUGUGUCUCUGGAUGGAGAAGAGAGAACUGUGGUCUUACAAACAGAUCCUUUACCUCCUGCUAGGUUUGAAGUCAAUAAAGAGAAGACCACUUCAACCAGCUUGCAUGUUUGGUGGACUCCUUCUUUGGGGAAAGUUACCUGGUAUGAGGUGCAGUUAUUUGAUGAUAAUAACCAAAAGAUACAGGGGGUCCAAGUUCAAGAAAGUACUUCAUGGAGCAAAUAUACAUUUUUUAACCUCACUGCUGGUAGUAAAUAUAAUAUUGCCAUCACAGCUGUUUCUGGAGAUAAACGUUCCUCUACAGUUUACACCAAUGGAUCAACAGUGCCAUCUCCGGUGAAAGAUAUUGGUGUUUCCACAAAAACCAGUUCUCUCCUGAUUUCCUGGUCCCAUGGCUCUGGGAAUGUGGACCGAUACCAGCUGAUGUUGAUGGAUAAAGGGAUUCUAGUUCACAGCAGUGUUGUGGACAAGCAUGCAACUUCCUUCACUUUCCACGCGCUGACGCCUGGCCACCUUUACAACCUCACCAUUGUGACUGAGGCUGCAGGGUUGCAAAACUACCGAUCAAGACUAGUCCGGACAGUCCCCAUGGAAGUCUCAAAUUUGAAGGUGACAAAUGAUGGCAGCUUGACCUCUCUUAAAGUGAAGUGGCAAAGACCUGUUGGAGAUGUGGAUUCCUACAACGUUACCCUGUCUCACCAAGGGACCAUCAAGGAAUCCAGAAUAUUAACACCUCAGGUUACUGAAACUCAUUUUAAAGACUUAACUCCCGGACGACUUUAUCAAGUUACCAUCAGCUGUAUCGCUGGUGAAUUGGCUGCUCAGAAGAUGGCAGUUGGCAGAACAGUUCCAGAGAAAGUUAGGAACCUGGAGGCAAAUAGCAAUGGUCAGACGAGAUCCCUUGUAGUGAGCUGGUCGCCCCCUGCUGGAGACUGGGAGCAGUAUCGUAUUGUGCUCUUCAAUGAUUCUUUGGUGCUGCUCAACAUCACUGUGGGAAAGAAGGAAACACACUAUGUUGUGGAUGACAUAGGGCUCAUACCAGGAAGACAGUAUGAUGUUGAAGUCACUGUUGAGAGUGGAGACUUGAAGAAUUCUGAGCGUUUCCAAGGCAGGACAGUCCCCCUGGCUGUCCUCCAGCUUCGCGUCAAACAUGCCAAUGAAACCUCACUGGGCAUCAUGUGGCAGACCCCUGUAGCAGAAUGGGAGAAAUACAUCAUUUCACUAACUGACAGAGACCUCUUGCUCAUCCACAAAUUGCUUUCCAAAGACGCCAAAGAAUUCACUUUUACUGACCUGGUGCCUGGACGGAAAUACACGGCUACAGUCACCAGUAUUAGUGGAGACCUAAAAAAUUCAUCUUCAGUCAAAGGAAGAACAGUGCCUGCUCAAGUGACUGGCUUGCAUGUGGCCAACCAAGGGAUGACCAGCAGUCUGUUUACUAACUGGACCCGGGCUCUGGGAGACAUAGAAUUCUACCAAGUCUUACUGAUCCAUGAAAACGUGGUCAUCAAAAAUGAAAGUGUCUCCAGUGAUACCAGCAGAUACAGCUUUCACUCCCUUAAAUCAGGCAGCCUGUACUCUGUGGUGGUAACAACAGUGAGUGGAGGGAUCGCUUCCCGACAAGUUGUGGCUGAGGGAAGGACAGUUCCUUCCAGUGUGAGUGGAGUGACGGUGAACAAUUCUGGCCGUAGUGACUACCUCAGUAUUUCCUGGCUGCCGGCACCUGGAGACGUGGAUAACUAUGUGGUGAUACUGGCUCAUGACAAAGUGGUCCAGUCCCUCCUUGUUGCAAAAUCUGUCAGUGAAUGUGCCUUCAGCUCCCUCACUCCAGGCCGCCUCUACAACGUGACUAUAACUACCAGAAGUGGCAAGUAUGAAAGCCAUUCCUUCAGCCAAGAGCGAACAGUGCCUGACAAGGUCCAGGGAGUCAGUAUUAGCAACUCAGCCAGGAGUGACUAUUUAAAGGUAUCCUGGGUACAUGCCACUGGAGACUUUGAUCACUAUGAAGUCACCAUUAAAAACAAAAACAACUUCAUCCAAACCCAAAGCAUUUCCAAGUUUGAAAAUGAGUGUGUAUUUGUUAAGCUAGUCCCCGGAAGGUUGUACAGUGUCACCGUUACAACAAAAAGUGGACAAUAUGAGGCCAGUGAACAAGGCAAUGGGAGAACAAUCCCAGAGUCUGUUAAAAACUUAACACUGCAAAGUAGAAGCACUGAGGACUUGCAGGUGACUUGGAUACGAGCUGAUGGGGAUGUCGACCAGUAUGAGAUCCAACUGCUCUUCAAUGACAUGAAAGUAUUUCCUCCUUUUCACCUUGUAAAUACUGCAACUGAGUAUCGAUUCACCUCCCUAACACCAGGGCGUCAGUAUAAAAUUCUUGUCUUGACGAUCAGUGGAGAUGUGCAACAGGCAGCCUUCAUUGAGGGCUUAACGGUUCCCAGUGCUGUCAAAAAUAUUCACAUCACUUCCAUGGGGGCCACAGACAGCCUGACAGUGAAGUGGACGCCUGGUGGAGGAGAUGUGGAUUCCUACAUUGUGUCAGCCUUCCGGCAGAAUCAGAAGGUUGAGUCUCAGACCAUACCCAAGCAUGUCUAUGAGCACACAUUCCACAGACUGGAGGCUGGGGAGCAGUACCAGGUUGUGAUUGCUUCCAUCAGUGGAUACCUGAGCAACCAGGUAGAGGCAUUUGGGAGAACAGUUCCAGCACCUGUCCAUGGAAUAAUUGCAGACAAUGUCUACAGCAGCCAUUCCUUAAUAGUAAGUUGGCAAAAAUCUGUUGGUGUGGCAGAAAGAUAUGAUAUCCUGCUUCUGAAUGAAAAUGGGAUUCUUCUGAGAAACACAUCAGAGCCAGCCACUGCUAAGCAACAUAAAUUUGAAGACCUAACACCAGGAAAGAAAUACAAGAUACAAAUCUUAACUGUCAGUGGAAACCUUUUUAGCAAGGAAGCCCAAACUGAAGGCCGAACAGUCCCAGCAGCUGUUACCAAUCUAAAGAUCACAGAGAAUUCCACAAGACACCUGUCCUUCAGUUGGACCACCUCAGAGGGAGAGCUGAACUGGUACAACAUCUUUCUGUACAACCCAGACCGAACUCUUCAGGAGAGAGCUCAAGUUGACCGACAAGUUCAGAGUUUCUCUUUCCAGAACUUGCUACAAGGCCGAAUGUACAAAAUGGUGAUUGUAACUCACAGUGGAGAGCUGUCUAAUGAGUCUUUCAUAUCUGGGAGAACAGUCCCAGCCACUGUGAGCAACCUCAAGGGGUCCAAUCGGAACAUGACAGACAGCCUCUGGUUCAGCUGGAGUCCAGCCUCUGGGGACUUUGACUUCUAUGAGCUGAUUCUCUACAAUCCCAAUGGUACAAUGAAGGAAAGCUGGAAGGAUAAGCACCUAACCGAGUGGCGUUUUCACCGCCUCAUUCCUGGAAGGAAGUAUACCCUGCGUGUGGUAACUCACAGUGGAGAGCUUACCAAUAAGAUCACAGGAGAAGGCAGAACGGCCCCAAGUCCUCCUAGCCUUAUGUCAUUUGCUGAUGUUGCAAACACAUCCCUGGCUAUCACCUGGAAGGUGCCCCCAGACUGGACAGACUACGAUGACUUCGAGCUACAGUGGUUCCCCAGAGAUGCACUCACUGUCUUCAACCCCUACAGCAAUAAAAAAUCAGAAGGACGCAUUGUAAAUAGUCUUCGUCCAGGAAGAUCCUAUCAAUUCAGUGUCAAGACUGUCAGCGGUGAUUCCUGGAAAACCUACAGCAAGCCAAUUUUUGGAUCUGUGAGGACAAAACCAGACAAAAUACAAAACCUGCAUUGUCGGCCGCAGAACUCCACAGCCAUUGCUUGUUCCUGGACCCCUCCAGAUUCUGACUUUGAUGGGUAUAGCAUUGAGUGCCGGAAAAUGGACACCCAAGAAGUUGAGUUUUCCAGAAAGCUGGAGAAAGAAAAAUCUCUGCUCAACAUCAUGAUGUUGGUGCCCCAUAAAAGGUACCUGGUGUCCAUUAAAGUGCAGUCAGCCAGCAUGUCCAGCGAGGUGGUUGAAGACAGCACUAUCACAAUGAUAGACCGCCCUCCGCCUCCACCUCCACAUAUCCGUGUGAAUAAAAAAGAUGUACUCAUUAGUCAGUCUUCCAUCAACUUUACUUUCAACUGCAGCUGGUUCAGCGACACCAAUGGCGCUGUGAAAUACUUCACAGUGGUGGUGAGAGAGGCUGAUGGCAGUGAUGAGCUAAAGCCAGAACAACAGCACCCUCUGCCUUCCUACCUGGAAUACAGACACAACGCCUCCAUUCGAGUGUAUCAGACCAAUUAUUUCGCAAGCAAAUGUGCUGAAAGUCCUGACAGCAACUAUAAGAGCUUUAACAUUAAGCUUGGAGCAGAGAUGGAGAGCCUGGGUGGAAAAUGUGAUCCCAAUCAGCAAAACUUUUGUGAUGGACCACUGAAGCCACGCACUGCCUACAGAAUCAGCAUUCGGGCUUUCACACAACUGUUCGAUGAGAAUCUAAAGGAAUUCGCAAAGCCGCUCUAUUCAGACACGUUUUUCUCAUUGCCUAUCACCACUGAGUCAGAGCCCUUGUUUGGCGUCAUUGAAGGUGUGAGUGCUGCUCUGUUCCUAAUUGGCAUGUUGGUGGCUGUUGUUGCCUUAUUCAUCUGCAGACAGAAAGUGAGCCAUGGUCGAGAAAGGCCCUCUGCUCGCUUGAGCAUUCGCCGGGAUCGACCAUUAUCUGUCCACUUGAACCUGGGCCAGAAAGGUAACCGGAAAACAUCUUGCCCAAUAAAAAUAAAUCAGUUUGAAGGGCACUUUAUGAAGUUACAGGCUGACUCCAAUUACCUUCUAUCCAAGGAAUAUGAGGACUUAAAGGAUGUGGGUCGAAACCAGUCAUGUGACAUUGCACUCUUGCCAGAGAAUAGAGGAAAAAAUCGAUAUAACAAUAUUUUGCCCUAUGAUGCCUCACGGGUGAAGUUGUCUAAUGUUGAUGAUGACCCUUGCUCUGACUACAUCAAUGCCAGCUACAUUCCUGGCAACAACUUCAGAAGAGAAUACAUUGCUACUCAGGGUCCACUUCCUGGCACCAAAGAUGACUUCUGGAAAAUGGCGUGGGAACAGAACGUUCACAACAUUGUCAUGGUGACCCAGUGUGUCGAGAAAGGUCGAGUCAAGUGUGACCAUUACUGGCCAGCAGACCAGGAUUCCCUCUACUAUGGAGACCUCAUCCUGCAGAUGCUCUCAGAGUCUGUGCUGCCAGAGUGGACCAUCAGAGAGUUUAAGAUAUGCAGUGAAGAACAGCUUGAUUCACACAGACUCAUCCGCCACUUUCACUAUACCGUGUGGCCAGACCAUGGAGUCCCUGAGACCACCCAGUCCCUUAUCCAGUUUGUUAGAACCGUCAGAGAUUAUAUCAACAGAAGCCCUGGUGCUGGGCCCACGGUGGUGCACUGCAGUGCUGGUGUGGGCAGGACUGGAACAUUUAUUGCAUUGGAUCGAAUCCUCCAGCAACUAGACUCCAAAGACUCUGUGGACAUUUAUGAAGCCGUGAACGACCUAAGACUCCACAGGGUUCACAUGGUCCAGACCGAGUGCCAGUAUGUAUACCUACAUCAGUGUGUAAGAGAUGUUCUCAGAGCAAGGAAGCUACGGAGCGAACAAGAAAACCCCUUGUUUCCAAUCUAUGAAAAUGUGAAUCCAGAGUAUCACAGAGAUGCAGUCUAUUCAAGGCAUUAAGAAUGUACCCAAAGAUCUCUUGGAUAAAAACUAUUCACUGUGUGAUUGGUUAAGAAAUUUGCUUCGUGCCCUAGAAAGGUGC